UCAGAUAUGUCGGUGAUAUUUCGAUUAUUCAUAGCAACUUCAUUAUUUCAUAUUGUUACAUCUGCACACCGACGAAGGGCGAUUCCAACAGUUAUACCAAGUAUUUAUGAAUUUAUUGCAAAUAAUGCAUAUAUCUGUUCGCCCGUACAGCUGCCAGAUGGAUCACUGGUAACUUUUCUGAGUGAAGAAAAAGGAGUGAAGUGUGCAGAAUGCAAUCAUGCUUCGCUCGGAUUUGGAAAUGCCUGUGGGAUAAGGGUAAUGGGGAAUCGGACAGACGAAAUAUCCUGCUUUGAAGUACCUCCUUUGUGCAUUGAAGCGUUCGAAUUGCGUUACAUGGCUGAGAAGCGAUUUCUAUCGACAAAAAAACCGAAAAAAAGAUUAUCAUUUGUGAAUUCGCAGGAAGAAAGAAUUUUGGCAAAAAGUUUAAAUUUUCUCCCAACAACUAUAGAAUCUACAACAACUACCCCAUUGACCACAAUAACGUCUACAGUAUCAGCUACAACUACAGUAACUACACAAACAGUAACUUCAACCACAAACCCACCACAUCCAACUCUUGUGACCGAAGAUGAUUUUACAGUGACACCAGUAUCUGUCAGACAGUUUAGACCGAAAAAAUCUCGUUUUGCACAAGCGGAAAAUAUGAGUCGAGUAUCUGACGAUCGAACUGGAGGAAUUUUCAAAAUUUCUCGUGUAAAUCAGAACAAAAACGCAGAAAUGGUACGAAUCGUCAAGAGAAAAUUGGAUUUUAUCGGUACAACCACAACAACGCCAGCACCAAUUCCAACGCCAAAAGUCUGCGAGGAUAAACACAGUCUCUGUUGUUUUUGGGCAACGACGGGAGAAUGCAGUAGAAACCCAUUCUGGAUGAAGUUGAACUGUGCAAAAACCUGCGGGACGUGUGAUUGUGCAUUGGGAAAUGCCGACAAUUGUAUUUCAACUGGGAUUAACUGCACAUUACCAACUACUACUGUAAUUAUUACAACUACAACAACUACACCAAAACCAACAACAAUUACUACAACUUUACCCACAACUACUACUACAAGAAAAAAGUAUACACGUCCUUAUACUCCUCCGGCUAGUGGAUUCAGAAGAACUCAGUCUACAACUACUAACAAAGCUAAUAGAAUUUAUACAACCACAACUCCAACAACUACCACUACGCCAACAACAACCACUACUGUAGCCACAACUACGACAGCUGAUAAAUGUAAAGAUUAUUACAAGGAGUGCAGCUUCUGGGCUGUACUUGGAGAAUGCCAAAGCAAUCCGUUUUAUAUGAGACCCAAUUGUCAAAAGUCUUGUAAAUCGUGUGGAGAGCAAGUUAACACAGUUUAUGCGCCCACACCAAGACCAGGUUGCGACAACGGCCACAACUUAUGCAAUUACUGGGCUCACAUUGGCGAAUGCUCAUCAAAUGCGAAUUAUAUGUUGCCGAAUUGUCGACUCGCCUGCCGAGUCUGUUAAUUAAUUUGUUCAGAGAAAAAUGCUUUAUGUGUCUAAAUAAAUAUUUUGAA